GCGCCCCACUCCAGCAUGGCGGCGGCGGCGGCGGCGCCGGGGGGUUCGCCUGGCUCCGCGUCCGCAGCGGUGGCCGAGCUCUGCCAGAACCCGCCCGAGACCUUCCUGGAGGCGUCCCGGCUGCUGCUCACCUAUGCCGACAACAUCCUCAGAAACCCUAAUGAUGAAAAAUAUAGAUCUAUCCGGAUUGGAAAUGCUGCUUUUUCUACUAGACUCUUACCUGUCAGAGGAGCUGUUGAAUGCUUAUUUGAAAUGGGCUUUGAAGAGGGAGAAACACAUCUUAUCUUUCCUAAAAAAGCUUCAGUGGAGCAGUUGCAAAAAAUUCGUGACCUGAUUGCCACAGAGAGAAGUAGCAGAUUGGAUGGAUCAAAUAAGAACCAUAAACUAGAAUUAUCUGAGCAGCCCACAGCUAGUACCAGGCUUCCUGCACCACAAUCUUCAAAUCCUCAUGGGUUAACUCAGCAAGCAGGGGACGGUGAAAGGCAACAGUCAAAUCCACCAUCUGCUGCAAUGAUUACAGCUGAUCAUUCUGUCAUUCUAAAAGUUCUUCAGUCCAAUAUUCAGCAUGUGCUGGUUUAUGAGAACCUGGCUCUCCAGGAGAAAGCACUGGCGUGCAUUCCAGUCCAAGAAUUGAAAAAGAGGUCACAAGAAAAGUUGUCAAGAGCUAGGAAAUUGGAUAAAGGUACUAAUAUGAGUGAGGAGGAUUUUCUUUUGCUGGAACUCCUACACUGGUUUAAGGAAGAAUUUUUUCACUGGGUGAAUGAAGUUUUGUGUACCAAGUGUGGUGGCCAAACUAAGUCUAAAGGUGAAUCAUUAUUCCCCAAUGAUGAUGAGCUGAAGUGGGGUGCAAAUAGAGUAGAAGACCAUUACUGUGAUACAUGCCAUUUAAGCAACCGAUUCCCAAGGUAUAAUAAUCCAGAGAAACUUUUGGAAACAAGAUGUGGGCGGUGUGGCGAAUGGGCCAAUUGUUUUACACUGUGCUGCCGAGCUUUGGGGUUCGAGGCUCGCUACGUUUGGGAUUACACAGACCAUGUCUGGACAGAAGUAUAUUCUUCUUCUCAGCAGCGGUGGCUGCACUGCGAUGCAUGUGAAGAUGUCUGUGACAAGCCACUCCUUUAUGAAAUUGGGUGGGGCAAGAAGCUUUCCUAUGUUAUAGCAUUUUCUAAAGAUGAGGUGGUUGAUGUCACUUGGAGAUAUUCGUGUAAACAUGAAGAAGUAAUCUCCAGAAGAACUGAAGUUAAGGAGGAUAUACUUCGAGAAACUAUUAAUGGACUUAAUAGGCAGAGGCAAAUAUCUUUGCCAGAAAACCGAAGAAAAGAACUUCUUCAGAGGAUAAUCGUGGAGCUUGUUGAAUUUAUAUCUCCCAAAACCCCUAAACCUGGAGAACUUGGUGGAAGAAUAUCCGGGUCAGUGGCUUGGAGAGUAGCCCGAGGUGAAAUGGGUCUAGAGAGAAAAGAAAUCCUGUUUAUCCCCUCUGAAAAUGAGAAGAUUUCUAAACAGCUCCACCUUUGUUACAAUAUUGUGAAAGAUCAUUAUGUUCGCAUUUCAAAUAAUAAUGAAACCAUUUCUGGAUGGGAGAAUGGUGUGUGGAAAAUGGAAUCCAUAUUCAGAAAAGUUGAAACAGACUGGAACAUGGUGUAUUUAGCCCGAAAGGAAGGAUCAUCUUAUGCAUAUAUUUCCUGGAAGUUUGAGUGUGGGUUAGUUGGCUUGAAAGUGGAUAGCAUUUCCAUUAAAACAAGUAGCCAAACCUUUCAGACUGGAACUAUACUGUGGAAAAUGCGCUCUAAUUCAGCACAAGUAGAACUAACAGGAGAUAAAACUCUUCACUCAUACCCUGAUUUUUCUGGUGCCACUGAAGUUACUUUGGAAGCAGAAUUAAGCAAAGGAGAUGGUGGUGUUGCAUGGCAACAUACCCAGCUGUUUAGACAAAGCUUAAGUGACCCGGAAGAAAAAUGUUUGGAGAUAAUUAUAAAAUUCAGUGAUCUUUGAGAAAAUAAACAUUAUCGAAAAAUUGGCAAUAAUCAAGGCCUUACCGUGGCCUAAAGUAGUUUGUUGGUUCAGUGCAUGCUUAGGUGGCGAUUUAUUACCCUCUGCUAGCAUAUUUCUUUUGCUAGCUCUCCAUCAUGUAACCCUCAUGAAAAUAUAUCUUUGUACUAUGCACCAUAAAGAAACCGUGAAUUAAAAGCUUCCUUCCUUAUGCGCGAUUAUGAAGUCUUGCUGCUCCAAAUGUGAUUUCAAAUCUAAAAACUGACUUAGUUUUGAAAGUAAAUAAAGGUGUUCAUGAUCAGAUGCUAUUCAUGAUUAGGAGAAAGUUCUGAGCUAAUAACAGUUGACUUUUGGGAUCAACCAUUUCCUUAUGAGUAAAUUUCUAAGAUUUUAAUUCUUAAUAAAGUUGAAAGGAUCUUUUAAGUUAUAUAGUGCACAAAGUUUUUAUUAUUGUAAAUAUGGAGGCAUUUAAGAAAUAAAAUGUAUUAUUUUGCCUUA